UGCAUCUGGUAUUGAAAAAUAAGUACAGGGUGCCGACAAUUCUACAUAUCGUUUUUUUGUAUAAGUUGUAUUUUUAAUCUUUAUUUAGGAUAUAGAAAGAUAAUCAGAAAUGGAUAAUUUGGGAAAAUCGCAAUUUAUGGAAAUUCCUUACAUUGCUCUGUCCAUGCAACUUGAAGCAAUAGAAGAGCAGCUCAAAAUAUCAAGCACAAAGAACGAAACGCUGACACCAGAAAUAAAUAUAUCUAUGAUAAACCAUGCUAUCAAAAUAGAAAUUGAAAAUGGGUCUACAAUUGAUAUCAGCGAUUACUUUCAACGAAUGCUUAAACUAUACAAGCAAAAUGAAAUUCUUUUAAAGCACAUUGUCAGGAUAAUUUACCAGGUAGUUAAAGAAGUAUCGAAGCAGAGGCGCCCACGUGGUUCAAAAUUAAAACUAUCUUCUGAAUGGGCUUAUUUGGUUGUGGAAUUGUUGUUCUCCAGCACUUGGAGUAAAUCCCUAACUUCAGAUGUAAUAUUUUGCCUAAAAAUAUAUUCAAGAUCAUUUAAUGAAGUGGAGAUUGUGAAUCGGCUUUGGCAUAUGCUCCUUAGAAAUUUAAAAAAUAGUAAAGAUAUAUCAAUUGCAACGACUUACGUGGUAAUUCAGUUCUUUGAUGACUUCUCUGCUAUAAUAAACGGUUUCAAAAAUGGACAUGAUAUUGAGCAGCUGAUUUUAAAGUUAUUGCAAUGCGAUGGUCGUGAAGAAUAUAAGGCGGCUUUAUAUUUGAUAAAAACUAAAAACUGCGUAUGUACUGAUUUGGCAGAACAGCGUUUUUGGAUAUCCUUUAUUACCAUAUUGGAAAAUUUAGAAGAAAACCAGUCACAUCUAAUCUUACCUUCUCUAGAGUAUAUAAGACAAAACGACUUUCAAACGGCGGACUUGAAAAUAUGGUUGGAUAUUCUUUAUCUUAAAAUUUUAUCACAUCAAAAUAUUCUAGUUACCCGUUGGUCACUUGUAUACAUUGUCCAGACUUAUACCUGUUCAGACAUCAGCCCAAAUGUUUUGGGCCAAUUUGUAAGAGCCAGCAAUAAUACAAGCUUAUAUAAUUAUGAGGGCUACUUUCUUCCCACGGAUGCUGUUAAAAACUUUUUGAGGGGAGAUGUCGUUCGGUUUCUGGCAAUUAUGAUGGAAAUUAAUCUGAAAAGUGUUCCAUUGCAUUUUUGGCUUUCCCAUAUCCUUGUGUGUAAAUCAAUAUCUGAUUUGAUUUCUUACAAACUAAUAUUAAAAAUUGCUACAAGAGUUCGGGUUUUACAAAAUCCUUUUAUCCGGUUAAAAUGCAUUGAACUGUGUGAGAAUACAUUUUCCGAAGCUAUUAAUUGUAUGACAAUGACGGAAUAUACCGUUCUAAUUGAAACUUUGUACAAUGUUACGGAUCCUUUUAAUAAUUUUCCAACAUUUUGUACUAAACUUAAAAACUGCAUCGAUAAUGAUGAUUCGCUGUCACUAACGCAACGAUUUUAUGAAAUUGUUACAAAUAAUCUGAAUGGAGAACUUUCUUUCGACCCUUCAACGUUAAUAUAUGAAAAUACUGUCCAAAAAAAAGAAGUAAUUCAAUUAAAUAAAUCAUAUUUGUUAAAUGAGUUCGUUUACUGUUUAAAAAAUAAAACAGAAGCAGAUCGAAAUAAUCUUAAUUGGCUACUUUUCAUGCUGGUGUUCGAGACGGAAAAUUCCGAAAUUGUUCAAAAUAUUUGUCAAUCAUUUUGGAAUCUGCAACUAGAUAAAUGUAUUGGCAGUCCUUAUAAAGAAAUAAGUGAUGAAAUAAUAUCAAAACUACCUUGCGGGGAAAACACGAAAGCUUUUGUUCGCAAAAAGUUUUCUGACUUUUUCACCAAACAGUAUAUAACAGAUACUCUGGACUUACAUAUCUAUAUUGAGAAUAUGGAGGAUAUUUUAACUACGGGAUCUUAUAAAACAUUGCUUAAACUUUCUCAAUUACUAGUUUCUAAUACAGAGACUAUGGACGAAUGUAUAAUCGACACGUUUUUAAGACAACUGAAAAGAUUCUCUCGCAUGCCAUCGAUUUGUUAUGUUGUGACUGAAAACUUAUUAAAUUACUUUAAAAAUAUAUAUUCGUCGCACCAAUUAAGAGAAAAUGCGGACCGAAUUAUACGCACAGAUUUUGAAAAUAUUGGUAUAUGCGCUGCAGUGUUAAAUUCUGGUGUCGUUCUAAAGAAAGAAACCUAUAUUGACGGCAUUAUAGUGGGUGAUAUAAACUUCGGAGACGCGAGGAUAGAGGAAAUCUAUUGUCUAGAAGCAUAUGAAAGAAAGUUCCUUCGUUUCCACCAAUUGCGCUUAAGAUAUAUUUCAUCAUUGCCAAUCGAUUAUAAAGCUAUAAUACUCAUCGAACUUCUUAACAAACUCGAAGUUUUAAGUUCGAAAAGGCCAAGAUAUUUUGAGAAUUCUAUUGAGCAUCGACUGAAAAUGAGAAUAUUAAAUGCAGUAAUUUCCUUAAUAAUGCAAUCAAAUGGGGAAUGUGGUUUCAGUGAAGACAUAUUAAAGCUGCUGUUAAAUCAUAAUAAUCAACUGAACAUAACUUAUAUAUACGAACUGCUUGUUGCGAAGUGUAUAUCUAAUGAUGAUAUUAUUAUAAAACUAUUAAAUGAUGUAAGCAAAUAUACACCUAGCCAGCAGGUGUCUAUUAUUAGCAUCGCUUAUUGUUACGCUGUCUUAAAUCGGACCAUGCUUUCCAAAGACUAUCAAAAUGUUGUUAUAAACAACCUUCUUCCUCUCACCAUGGGACCCCAUUUCCAGACGCGCUCAUAUGCUCAGCUGGUUAUUUAUAAAAUUUUAGAAAACUGUAAAUGUGAUGCCGACACUUUAUUUUCAAAUCAAUUUAAUUUGCAAGAAGCAAUAGCUGUGGCCAUUGGAUCACAACUGAAUGAAUUUCUAAACGAUGUACGGUUGUUGCUGCCAUAUAUAUAUUUAGCUGAUACUAAACAUUUUUUUGAUAAUGUAAUGUUUAUUACAAUGGCACCAGCCGACGAAUAUAAUUCGAAUUUGGAUUUUACAAAAUAUGAAUUAUCAAGGCAUAUGUUUUCAAAGAAAAAACGUAGUUUUAUGAAAGAGUCGCACACACCUGAGCAAGUUAUUUUGGCUAGCAACAAUGGUAUUAAUAUGCAGCGUAAAAUGAACCCGGAAAGCGCUCUUUGUACUAAAAGUAGCAUUGCUGAGGCAGAAGCUUCUGUAAAUUCUUACGUAAUGGCAAGCCUUAUAGACAAAAUUCCUAAUAUUGGAGGGAUUGCGCGAUCAUGUGAAGUACUUGGUGUGGGAAAUUUGGUUUUAAGCUCAAAAAAACUUGUUGAAAAAGACGAUUUCAAAAGUGUGAGCAUGACUGCUGAAAAAAAUUUGAAUAUUUUUGAAGUUCAACAAUCUAAUUUGGAAGAAUUUUUAAAAGACAAACGCGAAGAUGGUUUUGAUAUUAUCGGAGCCGAACAAACUGUUGCCAGUCAGAAUAUAAUUGGGUUUGCAUUUCCCCGAAAAUGUGUGUUGGUUUUAGGGCACGAGAAAGAAGGUAUACCAAGCAAUAUUUUGGCGUUUUUAGAUUAUACUAUUGAAAUACCUCAAUUUGGAUUAUUACGUUCCCUAAAUGUACACGUAACGGGGGCAUUGUUUAUGUGGGAAUAUUGUAAGCAACACAUCGUUGGAAACUCUAACACAUAAAAUCUUUUGACUUAUUUAUAUAUAUAUUUAUGUAUCUAUGUACGAGUACAUAACUAUUGUCUUUUUGCCUAUAAUGAACUUUGAAGUUUUUCAUUAACUAUUUUUACCAUUAUUACACAAUAUUUUUUUAAUCCUAUUAAAGCAAAGCAUCCAUGCCUUCUAUUACUGAAGCAAAGAAUACUAUAAUAUGUCUGUGGUUUUUUGUGAGCUUGAUUGCCAUCAGGUCGGAGAAGGAGAAACUCGGCAAAACACAUAACACAUAUGUAAAUGAAUAUUUUUAAAAUGUUUGCCUACCCUUCACAAAUACAAAGGUUCCUUACAAGAACUUUAUUCCGAUCGUUCAAUUUGUAUGGCGGCUUUAUGCUAUAGUGAUCUGUUCUGAACAAUUUUUUCGGAGAAUACAAUUUUGCUUCAACAAUAACUCGUGCCAAAUUUCGUGAAGAUACCUCGUCAAAUGAAAGAGUAUUCCAUACAAGUACUUGAUUCCGAUCGUUCAGUUUGUAUGGUAACCUGUUCAGGGUAUAAAAAAAUUUCCUAGACAGAAUUUAAUGUAGAUAUUGUUUAAGCAAAACUAGAGAAAUAAUUAGAUGACAGCACAUCUGUGAAACUACCUGACUUCCGAAGUUACAUUGUUACAACACUGUAGCUGUUGUUGUAGUGGCAGAAUUCUUGUCAGUGGUCGAGGUGUAUGAUUUAUGCAUAUUUUGUAACAAUAAAGUGUAUUCGUAUAUGUAAAUGUA